GUCCCAUGAGCUCUACCGGAAGGGGCGUGACUUCGCCACUCUGUUUCUCCUCCGAUCCUAACUCCGCCCCUUGCCCCGCCCUCAACAAAUAUGGCGGCGCCCGUGAGGUUCACUCGGAUCGUUUGUGCAAUGGCAAGGAUUUCCUCAGGAAUUCCACUUUUGCACCGGACACACGGCAGUGUCAAUGUUGGUAUGGCCAACGUUAUCACGGCAUAGUUGAGCUGUCAUGUUUACCGCAAUUGCUGGUUAAACCUUCCUAUUUUUGGUUUCAGGGUUUGAGAAGUUUGAACGCCUGUCGUGGUCACAGAUCAUCACAAACACUACGAGCUUCAUUCCACAGGGCCUCCUCUUUGGCCUUGACAUCUUCACAGAUCACAGUUACAGACGAGCCUGACACACUGUUCCAGAAGGUUUCAGUGCUGGUCAAGGGCCAUGACAGAUCCGUCCUGGACAGCUAUGAAUUCUUUGCCACCAUGGCAGCUAAGGAGCUGGGCAUUACUCUAGGAAAUGUCUUUGAACCUCCAAAGGACGUUUUGAGGCUUACUCUCCUGAAAUCCAUUCACAUCUUUAAAAAACACAGAGUGCAGUAUGAGAUGAGGACACACUACCGCUGCCUUGAGCUGUUCCGUUUAACAGGCUCUACAGCACAGGUGUAUCUGGAAUACAUUCAGAGGAAUCUUCCAGAAGGGGUCGCCAUGGAGGUUUCCAAGCCAAUGCCAAGACCUUCUCGUCCAUUAUUUGAUUUUCUGUCAGAUUGCAGUGGCGAAGGUUCCGGAGCAUAUUCUACAACCCAUGUGGGAGGAGCCAACCGCUGACAACGCGCCCAGUCCAACCGCUGACCUGAAAGGCUAAACUGACCAAUGGACACAGAAAAUGUACAUUAUACAAAGGAGUUGAUCAUAAUUGAUUUGAGAUAGUCCUCUACAACAGAAAAAAACUUUUUGAUGUUAUCAAAUGUAACCUAAAUUUAUUGUAUUGUUUCAGCCUGUUUCUACUGUGCCUCUUAUUUGUUUUAGUUUCUGUGGGAGUCUAAUGUAUGGCUAAUAAAUAUUGAUCAUAUUCUGUAAUCAGA